GAAUAAUAUCACAUUUGUUCCUUAAUGAUUGUUAUGAUCAGGGUAAAAAUAAAAUCCAAUGAAGGUGUAUAGAAAGAUAACAUAGGAUGCAAAAUGCAUUCUUUACUAUUUAUGCGCGGGGUUAGAUAAGAUAGACCAGUAUAAAUGAGAUUUAUGUAAGAAAAAUUAAUAAUGAUAAUAAAAAUAAAAAUAAAAAAAAAGAUUGGGUGUCAUGUUUUAUCAAGCAAACAUACUAUACAAGAAAAUAUAAUACUAUACCAAACACAUGAAAUAAGAAGUACCAAAUCUUAUUUAGUGAACCUUAAAAGAGGAAAAAUUAGUAAUUCCUAACCCAUAACAUGGAAAAACAUAAAUAUAAAUGAGUGUAUAUAUAGCAAAACUUAUUCCAAAUCAUCAUAAGCUAAACUACUUUCCCUCCCUUCCCCUGUUAUUCCCCAGAAUAACCACCCUUACAAGAUAUACCCUUUUCUCUUGCAUCAUUUUCCCUUCCUUUUUUUUUUUUUCUUGAUCUCUUUCUCCUCCUAUUUUCUUCUUCUUCUUCAAUCUUCCUCUUCCUAGGCCUCCCAAAUAAACCCAGAAAAUUAUAUGAAUGUAAUUUAAGGAAGCCUCCAUUUCUAAGUGCUCUCUUUGCAUUCUGUUAUAACCAUUGCAGAUUAGAGAGCUCUUAGAAUUUCGAUACCGGAACCCAUAAAUCUUCCCCAUAAUGACCGUCUCAGCGGAUGAAAUUCAUAAAACCCAACAAAACCCAGAAACAGAAUUAGAAGAUGCAUUCAAAAAUCUGGGAAUCAAAACAAGCGAAGCAUCUCCAAGAGGAGUGCUGGAUAUUCCAAUUUCAGAUGGUUCCUCUGUUUCUGACAGCCCAAAAAGCAGCAGUAGCAGUAGCAGCAGCAGCAGUUGCAGUCCCUCAGAAAAACCUUCUUCCCCUCAGAAGGCAGACGAAGGCGAAAGCGGAGGCGGAGGAGGAGGAGGAGCUGGAGGCAAAGGAGGAGGAGCAACAUUAUUCAAUCCAUUGACUUAUGGGAUUCAAUUUAAGGGAUUUUUUGACAUAAUGAAGAGGAAAUCUGGGGUUAGAAGAUUAUCCACUACUACUAUAAAUUUGCUUAGUAACUAUGAUCUCUCCGCGAAGAGCUUGCGCAAGAAAUUGGCUAGGAUUCGCAGCGCCGAGGAUAGUUUCGAUUGCGGUCUUCUAUCGGCAGCUAAGCCUUCUUGGAGGAACUUUAAGUAUUCAGAGCUUGCUGUUGCUACAGACCAUUUUAGUCCUGGGAGGUUGCUAGGGAAAGGGGGGCAUGCAGAAGUGUACAAGGGAUGUUUACCUGAUGGUACAAUUGUAGCUGUUAAGAGGCUUACGAAGAAGGGAGAAACGGAAGAUGAAGAGAGAACUGCAGAUUUCUUAUCAGAGCUUGGAAUAAUUGCCCAUGUAGACCAUCCUAAUACUGCUAGUCUUGUUGGAUUUAGUGUUGAAGGCGGUCUAUACUUGGUCCUCCAAUUUGCUCCAAACGGCAGUAUUGAGUCUUAUCUUCAAGGAUCAUUAGGAGGUUUGGAUUGGACAACAAGGCUCAAGGUAGCUGUAGGAGUAGCAGAAGGAUUGAGUUACCUUCAUCACACUUGCCAGAGGCGGAUAAUUCACCGAGACAUCAAAGCCUCAAAUAUACUACUAGCUGAAGACUAUGAGCCAUUGAUAUCUGAUUUUGGGCUAGCAAAAUGGCUUCCUGAAAAAUGGCUUCACCAUGUGGUGUAUCCUAUUGAGGGCACAUUUGGCUAUCUGUCUCCAGAGUAUUUCAUGCAUGGGAUUGCUGAUGAGAAAACAGAUGUAUUUGCAUAUGGUGUGGUAUUACUAGAAAUCAUAACAGGUCGCCAUGCUGUUGCUGUUGGUUCCAGUCGACAAAGCCUUGUAAUGUGGGCAAAACCUUUCCUUGACUCAAGCAACAUGAAGGAAAUAGCAGACCCAAAUUUGGGGGACAAUUAUGAUACCGAGGAAAUGAAACGCAUGAUGGCAAUAGCUUCCAUGUGCAUUCAUCAUACACCAAGCAAACGCCCUUUCAUGAAUGAAGUUGUAGAACUACUUCAGGGAGAGGGUGGAGCAGAACAGAUAAAGGAGAAGUCGAAUUCCCAAAGAUCAAUUAUGUUGGACGCCUGUGACUUGGAAGAUUACACAAGCUCUAACUACCUCCAGGAUCUCAAUCGCCAUAAGGAACUAGUCAUGGAGUGAUGUGUCCCUCAAGCUGCCUCCUUUUGUCUUUGGUUAUCCCUCGAUUUUUCUAUUUGUAUGGGAUGACAUUGAUGCUGCAAACAAUUUGCUUGGCAUCUAGGCUAUAUAGCUUUCCUUCCUAGGAUGUUGAGUGUAAAGAUAAGUAAUAUCAACAAUUGUGAAGAGUAGAGAUUAUAAGUCUACUGUUAUCAUCAAGUAGAAAAGUUCAAGGUCUUACUUCCUCACUCGAGGAAAAACAAAUAUUGUAUUGGUUAGCUUGGGGAAUCAAAUGCUCUGUACAGUUCAAUAGGUUUUCGAGUUUUUGUUCUGAAGUUGGACUUCUCCUUUCUAUGUCCAGAAACAAACAUGACUUAACUUGCAAACCAUAGAAACCAUAGAAACCAAAGAAGAUU